CAGAGGCAUCGCCGUGGGAACGAGAAAGACGUGUCUGAGAGAGAGAUCCGUUUCCAGCGCAGUCAGCACUAAAGUCCUUCGCUGCCUUGUCUCGCGGACGGGACGGGGAGUGCGUGCGUGCGUGAGCCAUGCGCCUGUGAGCUCCUGCCGCCAGCAUGCAGAACGACGCCGAGAAGAGGAAAGACACCGGCAGCCCGCGGGGAACCGCGUCCCGGGAUGGGGCGCGAGGGAAGCCGCCGGCGGACGCGGACGCGGAGCGGGAGACGCUGAUGAUGGAGCUCACGCGCCUGGUGCAGAAGAGCGUGAGAGAGAGCAGCUGGUGGGAGAGGAGAGGAGUAGACUGCAGCAUCCUCACCGCAGCCUUCAUCAGCUUACCGGCAGGCUUCCUGUUGCUGUCUUCCUCUCAGCCGCUCUACUUCCUGUCAGGUGUGCUGAUAAUGGGCGUGGCUCACGCCGUCAUCACCGUGAAAGGCACGCACCUGGCCAGUCACAGCGCGCUCAGCGAGUCUCCGGCCUGGGCCAACUUCUGGGCCGUCUUCUUCAUCGAAGUGUGCGGCUCGUUCUCGGCGAGGGCCGGCGUCCAGGCUCACGUGAAGAUGCAUCAUGCUCACACCAAUGUGAUCGGUCUGGGAGACUCCAGCACCUGGAAGAUCCCCUUCCUGCCUCGAUCCGUCUAUCUGUUCGUCGCGCCGCUGGCCGUCCCCGUCAUCACACCCAUCGUCGCCAUCGGUCAGCUGAAGGGUCAGUCUCCGCUCCAGAUCCUGCGCACCGUGCUGUGUGUGUGUCUGGGCUUCUUCUCUCAGUAUUACCUGCUCAGGUGUGUGUCAGGUCUGUUGUGCAGCUCUGCUCUGCUGGUCAUGCUUCUGUGCAGGGCCAUGUUCUCCCUGCCCUACAUACACGUCAACAUCUUUCAGCACAUCGGCCUGCCAAUGUUUUCUGCCACUAACCGGCCCAAACGCAUCUACCAGAUGACUCACGGAGUCCUGAACCUUCCCAGAAACCCGCUGCUCGACUGGACCUUCGGUCACUCCCUCAUCAACUGUCACGUGGAGCAUCACCUCUUCCCGUUCCUGUCUGACAACAUGUGCCUGAAGGUGAAGCCCAUCGUGUCUCAGUACCUGAAGGAGAAGAAGCUGCCGUAUCAAGAGGACAGUUACGUCUCUCGUCUGAGUCUGUUCUUCCACAGAUAUCAGGAGCUGAUGGUGUUUGCUCCACCCAUCACUGAACUGGUGGGAAUCCAGUGAGCCGUCCACACUUUUCAUACGUUCGACUGGUGCACGAAGGAAUUAGAAAUAAAAUCAACACGCAACCUAGCUCACAACCCAUUGCACAACGUGACGCAUUCAUGACAGAAAGAAAUGCUCGAGGAGACUCGAUUGACGGAAAGCGCUUGCGGAGACGGGAAGGAUUAUGGAGUUUGUUUAGAACGAUGCACUGAAAAGAGCAGGAAUGUGCAAUAAGAAAGUUCACUUGCCUUUAUAACAAGCAAUGCCAUGCAAUAAGAGCUUCUUUUCGUUUAUGUAGUGCUUCCUCUUCACUAGCUAAAUGACGUUUUUGAAUGUAAGCAUCAUUGCCUUAUGAGCAGUUUUUAUCAUACGUGACCUCUGACCCCGGAUGACGACUAAAACAUGCAGAAAACUUCACCUGAUCUCUACAGGACACGCUUUAGCUUUGUUCCAAAGUUUAGUGAGCUGCCUUUACCGCCUCUUAAAGGGACAGUUCGGCUAAAAAAUACAGUUCUAUCGAACAAACAAUAACCAAACAGUUGACCGUAGUCAUUUUAUUAUUUUUUUUCAUGUUAUGGAAACCGAUGGCUGUUUGGUAAACCGCAUUCUUUAAAGCAUUUUAUUUUGUUCUCGGGAGAUGUUUUGGAAGUAAAUGACGACGGCAUUUUAGGGCGAACUGUCCCUUUAAGAGACACAAUUAGAGUUUGCGGUGCGUUAUGGGAUUGUUUUCUCAGCCAAGGUUGCGUGUGAUGCUGCUUUGACAUUUUUGGCCAAAUGAAGGCAGGAUGUGUAUGAUAGCUUGAAACGCUGUCUAGAUGGGCCGCUCACUAAGAUUUGAAACCGUUUUUUGUGUAAUUUAAAGCAAUUAUAGGAGAUUUUCUUUUUUUGUUACAGUCAUAUUUGAAUUAGCUAACAUGAACGCUAUAAUCUACGUACAAUACUAAUACAGCACACAGUAGAUAUGAGCACUUUUAACUGUAAUAAAUAUGCAAUAAACUAAAAAUAUCAUAUUUUUAUUCACCGUAUUACAGAUGUACUUAUGCACUGAUAGGUGGGAUGUGUUUUUGAUUUAAUACAGUGAUUUUAAUCAAAAUCAUUCACCUUUGACUUGCUUUCGCCGAAUGCUCAUGAGAGUGUGUGUGUGUGUGUGUGUGUGUGUGUGUGAGAGAGAUUUCAUUUGAAAUAAAGGUGAUGCAUUGAUUUUACUGACCAAAUAAAUUGAAGUAGAUGUUCAACUCUUUUGAUGUACAGUGAUUCUGCAAGACUUUCAUACAAUACGAGGAUAUUUUACGACUUCAAAAGACUGCGCACAAUUCAUAUAGAAGCCUUUCAUGCUGCUUUUAUGGUGUUUUGUCCUCUUUCCAAUUUUAACUUGCAUUGUAUGUAAAUGGAAGCAUGUUUUCCUGUGAUCCAUGGAUGAUAGAAAGUCAGAUAGGACUGGAACAACAUGAUAUAGUGC